UCUGCCACUUAUGCUAGUCGUCUUCUUCAAACCAACAAGCCCUAGCUCUCUGCCUCAAAAACUAAACGACCAUUGCCACCAUUUCUACUCCUGAACACUAAAAGCUUCAAAGGAGACAAAAAAAAAAAAGAGACUAGUAUCGCAGCGGAAUUAAAGUAAUCAAAUUCCUAUUGUUUUCUGCUUCGGGAGUCUUCAAACCUCAGCUCACAGGAGACGACUAACGCCAAUAAAUGGAAUCCAAUAAGAGUAAAAUACUGAUAAUCGGAGUAACAGGCCGUUUGGGUUUUGAACUGGCGAAGGCCAGCCUCAAUUCCUUUCAUCCCACGUUCGGACUUGUCAGAGACUCUGCAUUCUCUGAUCCACAUAAAUCCCAAAAGCUUCAUACCCUUUCUGGAGCCGGCCUCACACUAAUCAAGGGUUCACUACAAGAUGAAGAUAUCCUGUUUGAAGCACUCAAGCAAGUUGAUGUCGCGAUUUGUGCUGUUUCAUCUAAGCAAGUCCACGAACAAAAGAUUCUGAUUUCUGCUAUAAAGCGUGCUGGUUGCAUAAAACGGUUCCUCCCUUCAGAGUUUGGGGCAGAUCCUGACAGAACUCAAGUUUCUGAUUUGGACCACAAUUUUUACUCAAGAAAAUCCGAGAUUAGGCGUAUCAUUGAAGCUGAAGGCAUUCCUUACACUUAUGUCUGUUGCAACUUCUUUACAAGUGUUUUACUGCCGUCACUUGUUCAACCAGGUCUGAAAGCCCCUCCGAGAGAUGAAGUCAGCAUAUUUGGUGAUGGAACUGCUAAAGCUGUCUUUAUGAAGGAAAAUGAUGUUGCUUCCUUUGCCAUAAAUACAGUGGAUGAUGUUCGUACUCUGAACAAAGCAAUAUACCUGAGGCCAAAGGGAAAUGUGUAUUCAAUGAAUGAGCUGGUAGGGAUUUGGGAAGGAAAAAUUGGAAAGACGCUAAAAAAGAUUUACAUCGCUGAAGAUGAACUCUUGAAAAGAAUCCGAGAAACCCCAUAUCCCGAGAAUAUGGAGUUGGUUUUCAUAUACUCCGCAUUUGUUAAAGGAGAUCAGACAUACUUCAGCGUUGAGUCUUCUGGUGGUUUGGAAGGGACACAGCAAUAUCCACAAAUAACAUAUACCACAGUAAGCGAAUUUCUAGACACCUUGUUGUAAUAUUUGUUGCAUGUUACUCUUCUGACCAAACACCUUUUGUUGUUCUAAACCUAGAGAUAUGCACUAUAUUCCUGUUUAGUUCAAUUACUAAACGUGCAAUAUUUCAGGCUUUGACAUUUAGAGGCGCUCCUUUUCAAUGGAAAAAAAUCAAAUUCCAGUAGACAUACUUUAUUUGAUUAUGCAUUUAAUUUAUCUCAUCUUAUUUUGAUUAUAUAAAAUUACUUGUUCCCAUCGUUGUUGUUCAUAUUGGACAUUAACAUUUAUCGUCUUAGUCCUCUUCUCAAACACUUGUAUUGCGGAUGCAAAAAGUUUAAAGUUGCAACACGCUUACAGUAGUGAAAUUAUGCUAUGAUUGUUAGUCUGCAAUGCUGGGCUUCAAUUAUGGAGCAUUGAGGGCCAUUAUAGACAAUUUUUUGUAAAAAGGCAAGUGUGGCUGGGAAUGAUAUGAUGGUUGUUCUAUCAAUUGAAUAAGUUUUUCAAAAUGAAUGAAGAACACGAGAUCCUACUGUUACAUGAAUCUCUUUUUCUUGUUGUGCCUAUCACUGUGUAUAUUUAUGUGAUUGCUUUACUCUUAAGUCUUUGUCAAUGACACUGAAGGGGUUAAACACCUGCAUGCAUGAUCUCAUCAGUGGGAAUAGUUACGCAGGAGAUUUUGUUUACUAUCGUGAAAUGUUCAGACAAGAAUGGUGAGGCUUAUGAAAAGGCUUUAGGCAAAGAAUCAUCACCAACAAAAGCUUCUUUGUAAGUUGUAAUAUUUUUUGAAGGGGAGCUAUACUUUUGUUGCAGUAUACCUGUGGAUAUAUAGACUAUAGUUACUAGUUUAAAAAAAACUUCUUUCUCAGUGAUCCUAAAGCUAAUGCCUACAGGAUCAACAAGGUGAGAAAUUGUACAUGUUUCAUAGAGAAAAGUGAAAAGCUUCCCCUUUAGUACAUAUCUUGGAUGUCCAAUUUGUGCGGGAAGGAAGAGGAUCUCAUACUUCGACAACAUGGUUACUAAAGUAGUGAAGAAGCUCAAUGGGUGGCAAAGAAGGAUGUUAUCGUUGUUCGGAUCAAAAGCAUUCUACAAUCAAUUCCCACUUAUACUCUCCUUGAUAUAUUAACCCUCCUAAAACUAUUGUUCGGAUCAAAAGCAUUCUACAGUCAAUUCCCACUUAUACUCUCCUUGCUAUUAACCCUCCUAAAACUAUUGUUCGGAUCAAAAGCAUUCUACAGUCAAUUCCCACAUAUACUCUCCUUGCUAUUAACCCUCCUAAAACCAAACCUAAGGAGGUAAUGUUUCUGCCUGACGUCUAUUAUUGAGCAAGGUAUGUAAAAACUCAAUUCCUUCCAAAUUCUAAUUCCUGAUGUGGAGGCUGUUACAACAACAACAUACCCAGUGUAGUUUGGGGAAAGUAGAGGGUACGUAGACCUUACCUCUACGUUAGAGGUGAGUUAGAGAGGUUGUUUUCGAUAGGACAUAAAAUUCCUUUAGAGGAAGUGAUGCUAAGAUUUGAAAUCAAAUGGCAUCUAGAUGCUCUCAAUAUACUAUUCUCCAUGCGUUCUGU